AUGCCCCUCCGGCGUGUUCACUGCUUUGUUCGCGUGCGACCUCCCCUCGACCACGAGACUGCGGCCCAGGAGAAGAGCUGCGUCGUGGCCGAUGCCGAUGGACAGCGUAUUCUUGUGGGGUUGCACGACACUUACCGCUUCGACGGCGUCUUUGGUGCGGAAACGCCACUGCAGCGCAUCUGUGACACACUGAUGGUGGGAAUGGUGCGUGAGGCGCUGAAGGGAUACCAGGACGCGCUGCUGCUGUACGGCCCGACGGGUGGGGGCAAAACGUUCACCAUGAAUCAACUGUUGCCAGUUGCCUUGCGGAUGCUUCUGCAGGUGGCGGACUCGGAGAGGCUAACAUACGAGACAACAGUUGCCAUGGAAUGCGUCGAGCUGUACCUUGANCGUGUGUCGGACCUCAUUGAUCCCUCCAAAAGUGAUUUACAACUGAGAGAGUUCCCUGACACUGGUGUAUACGUCCGUGGAGCGACGGAAGUGCCGAUUCGUUCACUGGAGGACUUCACCCGGGUGUGGAAGAAAGCCGCGGCGUCACGGUCGUGCGCGGCGACACGUCUCAACUCAUCCAGCACCCGUGGCCACUGCGUGGUCACAUUGAAGGUUAGGCGGCGUCGACGGCUUCAGGCAGAAAUUGCUGAGGCGAGUGAAAUCCACAAUGAUACUACUACUACUACUACUACUACGUCGCUGGUGACUGACGGACGCAUCUACUUCGUAGACCUUGCGGGGAGUGAACGGCUCAAGGAGUCUGGCAAUGAGGGUAUCCGUCAGGUGGAGACGAUAACGAUUAAUCAGUCGUUGUCAGCACUCUGUGGUGUGAUGAAUGCGUUGGCGGACCCUAAAAAAAUGCAUGUGCCAUUUCGUGACAGUAAGCUUACACGCCUGCUCCAGGAGCCGUUGGGAAGAGGUGGAAGCAGUUAUGUCCUGCUCUGUGUGUCGCCCACCGCCAAAUCGAUGACGGACACCCGAAUUGCUCUGGCGUUUGGUGUGAGGGCGAUGUCUAUUGUGCAGCAGGCAGAGUCGCGCAAAAGUAUUGACCCGAUGACGCAACUCGUGGAGGUGCAGAACUGGCUCGCCAGCCGUGUGCACAUGCUGGAAGAGCAGCUGCGCCGCCUUGCCCUGCCUUCUACAAGCGAGUGCCACGCCUGCAUCGAAAAAGAGGCUCGGCUUCAUGAAGUGUCGCAAGAGGUGGAGCAGCUACAAGCAAAACUCGUUCAUGCGGCGCAGGAGUAUGAUGUCACACUGCGCCGUCUCCGCGACGCACUCGAGACAGCGCAUAACGACUGUGAGCACUACCGUCAGAAGACUUCGACGGGAAAGACUCUCAUUAACGACGACGCGUACGAGCGAAAACUGUGCGCCCUCAACGAAUACUGGACAGGCUAUUCCGAAUCCCUACAGAAAGAGCUGGAAGCCACAGAGCGCGAAAGAGACGAGGCAUGCGCAGAACUAUGCGCAUUAUCCGAGAAGCUAACACACGCGAAGCUUGCAACCUCGGUUCAGAGUUACAAAAACAAUACAAAGCAGUUCAUAUCAACAACACAGACCAAUAACGCAGCCAAUCAUCACAUAGAUGAGCCACCCAUAGAAAAGGAAAAGAGCAUAAAAACACAAAACGGCGCGAACCUGCAUGAGUUGAUUGCGCACAGCACUGCAUCCUAUGAUGAGAAUAGACGCAUCGGCCAGGUGUGCGAGUCGCUGCGGACAGAGCUGGCGGAGGUGAAGGAGCGGGCAGACGAUGCGGAGAAACACGCAGCCGGGGCGGAGGUGCUGCGGUCGCGCUGCCGUCAGCUGCAGCAGGAGCUUGAUGCCACUGCUUUGCGUGACGCGGAGCAGCGUGAUUGCGCAGGACGGGAACUGGCUGCUGCGGAGAGCGUUGCUGCUGAGCUUCGUGCCGAGAAUAGACGCAUCGGCCAGGUGUGCGAGUCGCUGCGGACAGAGCUGGCGGAGGUGAAGGAGCGGGCAGCCGAGGCGGAGAAACACGCAGCCGGGGCGGAGGUGCUGCGGUCGCGCUGCCGUCAGCUGCAGCAGGAGCUUGAUGCCACUGCUUUGCGUGACGCGGAGCAGCGUGAUUGCGCAGGACGGGAACUGGCUGCUGCGGAGAGCGUUGCUGCUGAGCUUCGUGCCGAGAAUAGACGCAUCGGCCAGGUGUGCGAGUCGCUGCGGACAGAGCUGGCGGAGGUGAAGGAGCGGGCAGNGAGAAUAGACGCAUCGGCCAGGUGUGCGAGUCGCUGCGGACAGAGCUGGCGGAGGUGA